AUUAUUCAAUAGCAGACUAUUUGCAUAAGAGUUACAGAAUAAAAGUGGUCGACUUGGUUGAAAAAGUCAAAUAUUACACCCCACUAAGGUAAAAACUACUAAUUAAAUUUCUAAUGUUCAAAUUACAAGUUAUUUUGAAAAAAAACUUUUGCGAAAUUUUACGUCUUUUUAAUAGAAACACGUCAGAUGUUAAUUUUCGUUUGUUUUUCUCAUUUAUUCAGAUGCUGGGAUUGAACAUAUAAUCACCUCUAGUUAUGCAUGGUACGAAGAUAAUAUUUUUUCGCAAUAUUAAACAACCAUAAUUAAUUAAUAUCUGGUAUUGAUACUAUUUUUUUGUAAUAUUAUUUAAUAUCAACUUUAUAAUGAGGAUAAAGAAGAAUAUAUGACUUUUUGUUUCAGUGUCGCUUCAGAACUAAGUAAAAAAAUAUGACUCAAUAUCAGAUAACAUUAACCACAAACGAAGAAUCGAUGGAACGUGUAAGAAAGGCGGUCUUCGGUUCUUCAAAAACAAACUACUUUGGGGUACCUCUACACGAAAUUACUAGAAGAGAAAAUUCAGAUGUUCCAAGGCUGGUUAAGGAUACUUGUGAAUAUUUAUUCGAAAAUGCUCUCCAAACGGAAGGUCUUUUCCGCAUGAACGGUAGCAUCAAAGAAACGGAGCGAUUAAAAAGACAAUAUGAAAGUCAAAAUUGGGCUGAUCUAAGAACAGCUAAGGAUGCUCAUAGUGUUGCAUCGCUUUUAAAAUUAUGGCUACGAGAAUUACCUGAUGGAUUGUUGAACUACGAACAAACAAAGUUAUUUAUUCAGAUUUAUAAGACAAAAACUGAUUGCCAAGAUUACAUAUCAAGAUCCAAAGUUGCUCUAAAUACUCUACCUAAUAACAAUUUAUUGACAAUGCGUUGUAUAAUUAAUCUACUAUCGGCUACUGCUAAUAACGAAGAAACAAACAAAAUGACAAAAAAAUCAUUAGGAAUCGUCCUUGGACCAUCAUUAUUCAGGGUUUCCUCUGAUGUUGCUGGUCUACGUGAUCAAAGUAUUACUAAUUCGGUUGUAGAAAAAUUUAUUGAACACGCUCACCAGCUAUUUCCGCCAUCUACCUCUGACAAAGGUAAAUCAUCUGCUCCUGCAAGACCGCCACCACCAAAUUUUCAAGAAAAUAGUUCUCCUAUCCCUUCUCCAAGAAAGUCAAAGAAUGUUAAGAUGACAAAGACGGAGGAUAUUGUAAAAUUUGGUUCUUUAAGCGACGACGAAAGUAUUCACAGUUUAUCGCCAUUAUGUUUAGAAAGACCAGUUGAACGAAUUAUCGGUCAAAUUGUUGCUGACGAAUUAUUUGGACAUGGCCAGUCGGAAGCAAAGUCACCGAUUGCUGCUCCUCGUAGGAAGCAACGAAAUCACCCGGAAGUAAUUGAAAGCACUCAGGAAUCGACUGGUCUCGAUUCUCUUCCGGAUACACCUUUACUUGAUUGCUACAAAAGAGCACCGGGUCCUAAAAAUCGGAGACUGCCCUCUAGGCACAACUCGAACACCGAUUAUUUUGUCUCUAAACCUAAAAUAGCAUUCGAUGUCAAAUCAGAUACUAAUGAUAAUGAAUAUUACGUUCCACCACUUGACUUAUCCAAUUUGCACGAAAAUGACGAAGUGGAACCAAUUUCUCGUGUACCAGUAAAACCGGAAGCCGUCAUCAUAUCCCCAAGGUCAAACGUUGUUCAAUUACGUAAUCUAGACACAGAAAUACCUCCUUCGCCCCCCUUGGAACCUCAUAGCGUUUAUGCGACAAAAGCUGAAGAGGAGCAGUUGAACAACAUAAAGUCAUUGACAAAAAAACUGAAUUCGGCUAAGAGGAAGAUGAAACAAUUCGAAAAAUCAUUUGAAGAAGAUCAUAAUUAUAGGCCAUCAGAACAAGACAAGCGCACAUUUCCUGAAAUAUCUAAUCUACUUGAAGAAAUAGCAGUCUUAAAGAAGGAACUUAAAAAAGCAAAAGAAGAGAGACAAACCAAAUCGGAGAAUCAUUGUACUAUGGAAGAAAUGGUUAAUUCCUUACAAAAGAAAUUAGCUUGGCGACGUAAUGCCGCUGGUCGAACGUCUGACUUGAACUCUAUGACCUUUCAAGAGAUUGGAGAAGAAAAAGUUCUAGUACAGAAAGCUCUUUUGCAGCUUGAGAAUAAAUUUGGUCGGCCUACUUCAAAAUCUGAAAAGGAUGUUGUUAGACCCCUCUAUCAUCAUUAUCGGUCUGUUAAGAGGGCGUUACAGAAUUAUCAAAUUCUCGAAUCCCUACCAGAACAUGGUGAAUUGGAUCAUUCCUCAACUAUAAAUCUUAACAGAACGUCAUCAUUGGAUUAUGAGGAUAUGAACGUUACUCAAUUAAUUCCAACGACUAAUGACAGCCAAUUACACGAACUGUCUUUAACUGAACUAGCAACGGAGAGAAACAAAUUACUAGCUGUUAAGAAAGAAUUACGGAAAUUAAUGAAAAAACAAUUUCCACCUCCUGACGCCCAAAUAAGAUAUAAGCAAACUAAACAUAGAUUGAAAUUAAUAGACGCUCUGUUAGCAAAACAUACGCCUGAAUCCGGUGACGACGGUUAUAUCCGUCCGACGAACUGCAGUUAUUCAAAAAAGAAAUAA